UUCCUUCCAGGCUCCUCUCCGUUGUUUACCUUUAUCCAACAACAUGGAGGACGAGGUGGAUGUUGAUAUCGAGGGAGACGAGUUUGAAAACAGUGUUAGUGAGCUGGAUGGACGAGGUUUAGUCCAGGAGCAGUUCAUACAGUCUGCGUGGAAGAGCAGCGCUGGGAUACUGCCCUGGGAGCUGGACAGCUCCAUCAGCGCAGAGAACAGAGAGGUGAUAGAGAGGAUGCUGCUGGAGGAACAAUACUACCUGACAGGUGAGGAGGUUCAUAAUCAUAUCUGGGAAAGUGAUGCGAACAGCAAGACCAAAGCGAAGAAGUCUCCAGCCAAGACCUCGGCCUCAGGCUCCUCUUCUCGUUGGUCCAAACAGGAGAAAGAACUGUUUGAGGAAGGACUGGCUCAGUUUGGCCGAAGGUGGACGAAGAUUGCCAAGUUGGUGGGCAGCCGUACCGUUCUCCAGGUUAAGAGCUAUGCCAGACAGUAUUUCAAACACAAGGCUAAAUCAGAACCCAGAGCUGCAGCUCCCUCUGCAGGUCCUGUGCUGCACUUACAAGCUCCUCAGCCCACCUCCAGUCGUGCAUCCACUCUGUCAAACACUGUCCGUAUAGAGAAGCUUUCUGACGAAGAGGAUGAGGAGGUUGACAUCACCGAUGACCUGAGCGACGAUGGCGAUGGUGAUGGUGACGAUAAACUGCAGACAGUGCUCAAAACUGAGUUCUGCGAGCCAGAACUGCAAGCGGGUGCUGAGGUCCAGACAGACGAUCCCACCGAGGAGCAGAAAGAGGCCGGUCUGACUGAGACAAAGGACCGACCCCUCCACACCGCAUCAUCUUUAUCUCCACAAAGUCCUCAACCCUCGUCUUCCCUCCCUUCCUUAGAGAAGACUGGUGUGACUGAGCUGGAUGAGAAAGGCAAUGAGAGAGUAUCACCACCUCUAAAAGACCCUCAGGCACAAGCUCAGACAGAGUCAAAGCAAAUUACUGAUGAGAAUGAAGGCCAGAGCUCCCAGCAUGAGAGCUCAGCACAGACUGGUCAACUGGAAGAGAACUGGAGCGAUGGCACAGAUUCUGCUGAUAAGACUGAGCAGAGUCCAGCUGAUAGACAAGAAGAAGACCAGGAGGACGAGGACGAGGAUGAGGAUGAGGAUGAGGAGGAGCUUAAGGCCCCUGAGCAGGAAAUAGAGAUGGACAUGGAGACCAUCACUGAGGAUGAGAAACAAGCUAUCCCAGAGUUCUUCGAGGGACGACCAUCCAAGACCCCAGAAAGAUACCUUAAGAUCCGAAACUACAUCCUGGAUCAAUGGCUGAGAAGCAAGCCCAAGUACCUGAACAAGACCUCAGUCCGCCCUGGACUGAAGAACUGCGGAGACGUCAACUGCAUUGGGAGAAUACACACCUACCUGGAGCUCAUUGGAGCCAUCAACUUCAACUGCGAGCAAGCGGUCUACAAUCGUCCAAAGGUGGUGGACCGCUCCAAGCAUAAGGUGGGAAAAGACGUGCUUGAGGCCUACCAGCUGGCCCAGAGACUGCAGAGCAUGCGGACCAGGAAGCGCCGUGUGCGGGACAUAUGGGGAAACUGGCGUGACGCUAAAGACUUGGAGGGACAGACAUAUGAGCAUCUCAGUGCCGAGGAGCUCGCUCUGCGGAGAGAAGAGAUGAAGAAGCACCCCAAACCCUGCAAGAUGUCCAGGUUCAAAGGGUCUUUUGAUCCCUUCCAGUUGAUUCCCUGCAGGUCUUUUGGAGAGGAUGUGCAGGAACCAUUCCAGGUUAUUGUGUGUGCAGAGACUCUUCUCAUAAUGGACAUGCAUGCACACGUGUCGCGGGGAGAAGUUAUCGGCCUGCUAGGUGGAACUUUCAAUGAGGAAGAGGCAGUAUUAAAGAUCUGUGCAGCAGAGCCAUGCAACAGUGUGAGCACAGGUUUGCAGUGCGAGAUGGACCCACUGUCUCAGACACAGGCCUGUGAUGUGCUGUCGUCCCUGGGCUUCAGCGUGGUGGGCUGGUACCACUCACAUCCCUCCUUCAACCCCAACCCUUCAGUCCGGGACAUAAACACACAGGACCAGUUCCAGAGUUAUUUCUCACGUGGCGGAGCCCCGUUCAUUGGGAUGAUCGUGAGCCCAUAUGACCCGGCCAACCGCUCCCCCCACUCCCAGACUACCUGCUUGUUGGUGAAAGAGAGCCAGGAGCCUUCAGGCCCACAGAAACUACCCUACAGAUUCGACUUCCUGUCAUCACAAGACAUUCCAGACUGGGAACAGACGUUGAGAAGAGCUCAGUGGAUCAUCCAGAAAUACUGUCAAACACCCGGGAGUGUUCAGAUGGACAGAUUUUUCCGUAAAGACUCCCAUCUCACCUGUCUGGAGAAGAUGCUGUCGUCUCUAGCCAGGUACCUGGAGCCCCUGCCAGACGAGGAGGGAGACCCCUUCCUCACCCAGAUCCAGGCCCUUUUCCAGUCAGACUUCAUUGCAAAGCAGCAAUUAUCUGACCAGGAAGAGGGAGAAUCUUUAAAUACCUCAUCCAGACUACUGGACUCAGAUGACCUGGUUUGUGAUCAGCUGAUAAGUGAGGAGAUGCACGAGGAGAGAGGAAGAGACUCUGACCCAGAUUCUGGCAGAGCUUCAGACAGGCGUGUACAGCGCGCCACACGGACCACAGACACAACCUCAGAGACAAACACCAGCACAGUGUUACAUCUGGGCUCUGUGCUGUCGACUGAACAUGACUAUCUACUGUGAUGGACCACACAUAUGACUGUACUUGCAUUAUUAUUGCAAAGUAUUAAUGUUUGUAUCAGUAUUACCAACUUACUCAUUUCUUUUUUUAACAUUUUAUUAUUUGAAUCUUUUAACCAAAAACCCAAUGAUUCACCUAAUACAGGUGUGUGUGUGUGAGUGUGUGUUAGUGUGUGAGUGAGAGAGAGAGAGAUAUAAUUUUCUCAGUUUUACAGGUUCCUUUUUUAAAAAUGAAAAUAAAAAUCUAUUUUCAUAUAUUGUUGUUUGAUAUUAUUUUUGUGUAGUAGCUUGAUAUAUAUUUUUGUUACAGUGCUUUAAGGGUCUGUUGUUCACUACACAAUGUCUAAAACUGAGGUGAAACUUUUCCAUACAAGAAAAUGUCAAAAAGUGGUCGCAGUAAAUGCUGUUUUCCAUAAUGAUAAGAUUAGCUGGUUCAGUUAAAUAUCCCUCCAGGCAUGUAUUAGUACAUAUACAAAUAGUAAAUAACAACAAUAAUUUGUGUCUGAUAUGUUUUCCUGCAAAAAAGUUCCACAUUAAA